AUAUUUUCAUCUGCGAAACGGCCCCAACCCCCCUCUCUCUCUCCCUGAAAUUUGUAAAAUUUUCCUGGAAAUCUCCAUCUUUCCAAGAAAAUUUUUCAACUUUUCUUGCUACCCAAAUUAAAUCCAUAUGUUGUGCAAAUUCCUCUAAUAUAUAAUUUUUUUUUUUUUAAGAUCUGUCUCUAUGUCUUCUAUAGUUUCGUCAACGUCUUAUUGGUGUUACAGAUGCAGCCGGUUCGUUAGGGUUCUGAAUCAGGAGGCGAUUACAUGUCCGGACUGCGACAGCGGAUUCGUGGAGGAGAUCGAGAAUCCGCCGCGCGGCAUCCAAACCAACGACAUACAAAACCGCAGCAGGAGGAGGUUUCCGGCAACCGCGGCGAUGUACAUGAUCGGUAGUAAUAAUAAUCACAACCACAGUAACCGCUCUAAUCGUGAUCAGAAUGCCUCACCCGGUCCGCUUCUUCGUAGAAGCCGAAGAACCGGCGGCGAUCGGUCUCCUUUCAAUCCAGUUAUCGUCCUCCGUGGACCGGACAGGCCGGUUCCCGGAGCAGAUGUUGAAAAUAACGGUAACGGUUAUGAAUUGUAUUACGAUGACGGUGAAGGCGCCGGUUUGAGACCCUUACCACGAAGUAUGUCGGAGUUUUUGUUAGGAUCUGGAUUUGAACGGUUGAUUGAGCAGUUAUCACAGAUUGAUAUGAAUGGAAUCGGCGGUUUUGAGCAUCCACCGGCUUCAAAAGCCGCGAUUGAAUCUUUGCCGUUCGUUUAUAUCGAUGUGAGUUUUGUAGAAAUGGAAUCACACUGUGCUGUUUGUAAAGAAGCGUUUGAAUUAGGAUCUGAAGCGAGAGAAAUGCCGUGUAAACAUAUUUAUCAUUCGGAUUGUAUACUCCCGUGGUUGUCGCUUCGUAAUUCUUGUCCGGUUUGCAGGCAUGAAUUGCCUGCUGAUAAUAAUCAAGACAUAAGUGAAGAAACCGAAAAUGGAGCGAAUGGGGAAGGACAAGUUUUGGGCUCGAAUAAUGAGGAGGAGACGGUAGGAUUAACGAUAUGGAGGUUACCGGGCGGAGGGUUUGCUGUGGGGCGGUUUUCGGGAGGAAGAAGAGGUGGUGAAAGAGAGCUUCCGGUUGUUUACACAGAGAUGGAUGGUGGGUUUAACAAUAGCGGAGGUGUGCCAAGGAGGGUUUCGUUUGGUUCAAGAGGGAGUAGAGGAGAGAGAGACAGAGGUGGGUUGAUUCAAAGGGCUUUUAGCAAUUUGUUUCGGUGUUUUGGCGGGUCAGGCAGGUCGAAUUCAGAUUCGAGGGUAAGGAGGAGGAGUGGAAUGGUUUCUUUGUUUAAUAUAUCCACCCGGAGGAGAAGGGCUUGGGAUGUUGAAGUUAACAAUAGUAGUGGAAGAAGUUGGUGAUAAAUGAAGAGAAAUUAUUUCUUCAUUGUAUAUAUUGGGAGAGACUGAGAUAAGAUUGAAAAGGGUUUCUUCCUAAUUCACAGUCCGUUCAAGAAUUGAAAGAUUGCAAGAAUUGCGGAGGGUUCAGUUUACAAUAACUAAAGCUGUUAUCUUGGAAGAAGAUGAAGCAGCUACAGCAGGGACGAUCACAAUUAUGCUUUAAUGGAGAAGCUGAGUAAUCAAUAGUUUGGCAUUUGGGGAGAAAGAAGGUACAUGACUUCAUGUACCAAAAUCAAUUUGCAAGUUUCAUGGAUCGAAUUAAAGGGCCUGCCGUUUAUUACAACUGUUCUUUUUAUAAUUAUUUGUAAUUUGUAGCCAGUGAUAGUUUGUUUAUCAUGUUAUUCUUUUUCCAAGAAAUCUAUAAGAGUCUUAUCCAGCGUAUGAAAGCGUUGUUUCUGGAAUUCUUUGAUUCAAGUUUAAUCUCAAACAUCUGAAAUCCCUUUUUGAUCA